AUGAACAGUUACUUUACCCCUCCGUCGCCUCCUUCUUUGAAUGAUAAACACCAAUUCAAUCGAUAUACCUCCCCGAUCAACCAACAGCAGCAGCAACCGUCAAGGCAGCAACAGAGACGAUAUGCGACACGCGAAGAAAGUGAAGCAACUGUACCUGUUUUCACAACACCUACGGAUAUGUAUAUAAGAAGAGAGCUUAACCCCAUACCACGGUUUACUUCGAAUCAACCUUUACAUAGUUACAACAACCGAGAGUCAACCGCGCCAUCUACAUCAACAUCACCAUCACCAUCUACGCAACAAGCCUACUCUACACCAAAAGCUCAACCGCUUACAAAUUAUAAUAAUGCGGCGAGUGGUGCAUCUGAUCCUUUAUCAAAAGAAUAUCCUUCAGUGCGUCCGACUUCACCUAUAAGUGUUGGAUCCAAAGUACCUUUAUCAAAGGUAGAACCUCUUCAUGCUGACUCUUCCAAGAAGGGUACUCCUGGAAGAUCAAACUAUACAAAUUUUUUUGCACAAUUGGUAGAUAUGGGUUUUGAUGUAGAGGCGAUCAAAGUAGCGAUGAUGGCGAGCAAAAACGGGAAUUUCCAAGAGAUAUUAGACACGUUACUUCAAAACACGACCACAUCGGGACCAUCGAAAGGAAGAGCUUAUGCCAAUGAACAUAGGACACCUGCACAAAAUGAUUCAAACAGCGCUGAUGUCUCUUCAGAUGAGGAGGAAGACCCAGUAGUGCUUAGGGCGCAAGAAGAGCAAUGGAGAAAAGAACCUAAUUCUGGCAACAGGAGCAGUAAUGACCAUUGGAAUGAUAAACAACAUGAUACACCCUACAUGGCUUUCCCGCCUCCCCUUCCCCCUCCUCAUGCACAGUCUCAGCCCACGUCCGCCAAAAUGUCUUCCCACUCUACUACAUCGUCAUCCUCUCACGUCAGUACGCCUCCACCUCCGCCUCAGACGGAUCCCCUUACUGAUUAUGCGGAUAAAGAAAGAAAAGAAGGCAAUUAUCUGUUCAACCAUGGACAGUUCGCUGAAGCGGAAGCUGCCUACACGCUUGCAAUACCAUCCCUACCGGCGGAUCAUAGUGAUAGCGUCUUGCUCUACAACAACCGCGCUGCUGCCCGACUCAAGCAAGGCAAAUUCCAAGAUUGUUUAUUGGAUUGUAUGCUAGCUAUUGAUUUAGCUCAAAAACAUAUCAACAGUAACAGCUCACCGAGCAAAAUCAUGAGCGCUAUGAAUGCAAACAUGAAAUCACAAUUGCUAAAGUCUUUGCAUAGAAAACAUGUGCGUUGGAAGGUCUGCAUUCUUUCGAAGCAGCUUUCCAGGAUCAAUGGUGAAGAAAGCCCACUCGCUGUACAGGGUAUCAAGCGAUGUCAGCAAGCUAUGCUAAAUGGAUCGUCAGUGAAUAAUGCUAAAUGGAAACCAUCAUCACCAUCAUCAACAACAGCUAACCAGAGCAGUACGAAUAGCAGUGCAACUGCAUUCCCUGAUAUUGACUUUAAUAUGUUUAUGCCACCCAAAAAAGCCCAUUUAACAGACGCUGAAUUAGAGGAAAUCAACAAUAGCAAAGCCGUAAAAGCAAUGCGUGAUAGAGAGAGGCAAAAGGAAGCAGAAGAAGCGGAACGAUUAGAAAAGGACGACAAAAUGAAUUCACAGAUUACUAUUUGGAAAGCAGGCAAAGAAAAGAAUCUGCGAGCAUUGUUAAGUUUUUUGGAUAUGAUCCUAUGGACAGAUGUACUAUGGAAAAAUGUAACUAUGUCAGAUUUAAUUGAACCUAGAAAAUGUAAAAUAACGUAUAUGAAAGCUAUUGCUAAAGUUCACCCUGAUAAGCUUCCUGCUACUGCAACUGUUGAACAGCGUAUGUUAGCAAGCGGCAUCUUCACGACUUUAAACCAAGCCUGGGAUACAUUCAUAGCAGAGAACAGCUUAUAA